ACACUCUGCCUCCAAUCCUAAUCUCCUCUCCCCUCUUGAUCAUCAUCACAGAAUGGGAGAUCACACCGUGGUCUGGAGCAAGGGCAGCCUGAGGGGCAUAAGCCAACCUAAGGAAGGGGGCUUGGAGGUGCCAAGGGCCUGAAACAGCAAAGAAGACGCAUACCUCCACAAGGCCUCACGGAAAUGCUGAGCACGACCCACCCGCCUUGGAGGAAAACGGGUCAGGGAGUGACGUGAGUGAGCCCUCCCAGUGCCAAGGUGCCCUUCAGCCUUCCCCCAGGACCCACAAGUGACAUUCUGCCAACGAGGGUGGCUCAGCCAUGAGAACUCAGAUCGAAGUGAUCCCUUGUAAGAUCUGUGGGGACAAAUCUUCUGGGAUCCACUAUGGCGUCAUCACCUGUGAAGGAUGCAAGGGUUUUUUUCGCCGGAGCCAACAGUGCAAUGUAGCAUACUCCUGUACCCGACAGCAGAGCUGCCCCAUAGACCGUACCAGCCGGAACCGCUGUCAGCACUGUCGCCUGCAGAAAUGCCUGGCUUUGGGCAUGUCCCGGGAUGCUGUCAAGUUUGGCCGAAUGUCCAAGAAGCAAAGGGACAGUUUGCACGCCGAAGUGCAGAAGCAACUGCAGCAGCAGCAGCAGCAGCAGCAAGGGCGGCAGCCACCGGUGGCCACUCCCCCCCCUGCAGGGGCCAGAGAAGCAGACACCCCAGCCUAUCCUCUCGCCCUCCCCGGGGGACAGUUGCCCCUGGGCUCCUCACCGGACCUGCCUGAGGCUUCUGCCUGCCCCCCUGCUCUCCUCAGUGCCCCGGGCCCUAGUAGUCUGGCCAAAAUGGGGCUGGCCGGGGCUGUGUACUCCCGGGGGUACGGCCCGGAUCGGGCCAAGGCUGAGAUCGGCAGGGCCUUCUAUGGCUUGGGGAGCCAGCUGUCCCCUGACAGGUGUGAGCUCCACUUUGGGGAACCCCGACAUCUGGUGCUUGGGGAGCCAAGCCAGGGGAGGGACUUGUACAGCGGCCCCAGCUUCCGCCUCGAGCUCCCCAACGCUUCUCUGACUGAGAUUGAGCACUUGGUCCAAAAUGUUUGCAAGUCCUACCAAGAGACCUGUCAGCUUCGCCUGGAAGACUUGCAGCGGCAACGGUCCAACGUCUUCUCCCGGGAGGAGGUGGCCAGCUACCAAAGGAAGUCAAUGUGGGAGAUGUGGGAACGCUGUGCCCAUCGACUCACGGAGGCCAUUCAGUACGUGGUGGAAUUCGCCAAAAGGCUGGCAGGCUUCAUGGAGCUUUGUCAGAAUGAUCAGAUUGUGCUGCUCAAAGCAGGAGCCAUGGAGGUGGUACUGGUGAGGAUGUGCCGGGCCUACAAUGCUGACAAUCGCACAGUCUUCUUUGAGGGCAAAUAUGGCGGCAUGGACCUCUUCAGAGCAUUGGGCUGCAGUGAACUCAUUGGCUCCAUCUUUGACUUCUCCCACUCUCUGUGUGCCCUGCAUUUCUCCGAUGAUGAAAUUGCUCUCUAUACAGCCCUUGUUCUCAUCAAUGCCAGCAGGCCAUGGUUACAAGAGAAAAAGAAGGUGGAGCAGUUACAACACAGUUUGGAGCUGGCAUUUCACUAUCUUCUGUGUAAGACUCACCGUCAAGGCAUCCUGGCUAAGCUGCCACCCAAGGGGAAACUUCGGAGUCUAUGUAGCCAGCACAUGGAGAAGUUGCAAUCCUUCCAGCACCUCCAUCCUGUUGUUGUCCAAGCUGCCUUCCCUCCCCUCUACAAGGAACUCUUCAGUACUGAAACUGAGCCUCCAGGGGUGCUAUCUGACUGAGUUAAAUGGCCAACUCACCUCUCCAUCAUAAAGUCUCCUGCCCUAACCUCAAGCCCGCCACAAUUGCCUCCCCACUGCCUAAAUAUUAUCUGCUUCCCCUUCACCUUUUCCCAUGGCCUCCAGAAACAGCCUGUGCUGUUAUCAGUUAGGCCAGGUGGUUGAAUUCAUUCCCUGGAGUAGACUCAUCUUUACUGACCAGUCGGGCAGUACUAUAGAUGGCAAGAGGGAAGAGAUUCUGGGAUCUCACCAGCUACAAUUUUGAUGCCUCAUUUUCCUCAUCCCUCUAAGCUUUUGAGAGGCCUAAGGAGGAGGCAGUGAAUAUGGGGGAGAAGGAAAUCAAGGCAACAGAGAAACUCAGGGGCCACAUUGAACAAAUGCCAACUCUGAGCUCUGAACCCAAAGUGGGUUUUUUUUAAUACCUCAUUUCAUUUCCCAGAAGGCUGAUGACCAAGGAAGCCAGAUCAAGCUCAAAGAUGAGUUCAAACACAAAAGGAAUUGUUCAUUUUAUACAUCACCCAGAAGUUCAUCUUUCCAUCCUUUUCUUCCAGGUUAUGAUAGAAAAUGGAUGGCCACAUUUCUUCACUGCUUUCUCAGGGGGCUUAGGAGAAACAAAAUGUGUUGAUAUGUAAAAGGGAGGUUAGAGAUAACUGCAAAAGUUCAGGGUGUACGGGUGAUGGGGCACAAGACUGGAUGGACAAAUAUGAAGGGGGGGGGUGAGAACAAAAGCCAUUUCAAAUGCACUUUAUACAUGGGAUACAGAAAUUGGUACAGACAUAAUCACAAAUACAAGGAAAAACACUUAGAUUCAUAAGCAAGGUCUUAUCCAAAUCCAUAAUCACACCAAUAAAAUGCUUCAGGAAGAAGUCCCUAGUCCUGAGGAAUCCCAGAAGGAUGAUGAUACGGAGCUUCUGGAUUCCAUUGUCCUUGAGAACUCCUGCCUUUAGUCUGGGAUGCUGCCACCUCUCAGCAUAGUGUCAGCAGCCCUUGGCUAUCAUACCUCAUACUCAAACAUGAGUAAGAAUAUCUGGGCACAGACCAAGGAAAUGGUUCAAGUGAUGCCACCAUCUCCCUGUCCUCAAAGGAUCCCCUCCAUCCCAACCCCCACACUUGCUCCUUGUUCUGGGAAGAGGAAGAAGACAAUAUCUUCUGUCACUUCCAGGACCACAGACCCUGGGGGUAGGGGAAAUAAAGGCAGCCCUCAAAUACCCCCCCCCAGGAACUCUUAUCUUGCCCCUGGACCUUUUUCAACCUUAAAAAAUGCUACUGUCCUGCCCUUUGGUGGUGUAGGGUAGUUGAAGGAUAGUUGGGGGGGGGGGGGUGGAUGAGGAAUGAAAGCUGAAAUUUUCAUUACUUUUACUCUCUGGGGAACGGUGACAAGGGAAAACUCAAUUUUAGAUGUGUGUCAUUCUUUGCAAGGUGAUUUUAAAGGAUAUGGGGAGGGAAGCCAGAGCAAAUGCAACAGUGUCAGUAAGAAAAUCAAGAACAUUCGAGCUACCAUUGACCAAAGUUAAACAAGGUUACCCAGAUGGCUUGAUUGAUUUCAUUCUUGCACCAGAGAAAACCAUCAGCACUAUAAUCAGAGCUCACUGUAAUAUGUAGCAUAGUGGACUGGGUAUUGGUCUAAGAAUAAGGAUGACAGUUCAAAUCCCGAGAUGCUAAUUAUGUGAUAUCUUUCAAGAUUGGGCCUCAGUUUCCUUGUCUUCCUGCUCUAAAUUAAUGAUCCUCUGAUCUGAUCUCCCACAAACCAUUCUGAUUGAAACAUUUCACAGAGGAAAUAAAAUGAAAGGGCCCCAGUCUCUUCCUUUGUAAAAUCUGAA